CGGCCAGCUCGGCUAUAGCCGAUUGAUAAUAGGAAACAGUUACAGCACAGUCUCGAUACCGGGCCUCUGGCCUUCCUCCCUCCCUCCUCCAUUAGAGCCUUCCUUGACCCGACAAUGUCCUUGCACGCCAGCUCGUCCGCGUCGACCGCGAACAUCGUCGGUGUGCACUAUCGUGUUGGCAAAAAGAUCGGCGAAGGCUCGUUCGGGGUCAUCUUCGAAGGAACCAACUUGCUCAACUCUCAGACUGUGGCCAUCAAAUUUGAACCCAGGAAAGCAGAGGCGCCGCAACUUCGAGAUGAGUGUCGGUCAUACCGGAUAUUGGCAGGAUGUCCGGGGAUACCCCAAAUAUACCACUUCGGGCAAGAAGGCUUGCAUAAUAUCCUUGUAAUCGACCUCCUGGGGCCCAGUCUGGAGGACUUGUUCGAUAUGUGUGGCAGGAAGUUCUCAAUAAAGACGGUUUGCAUGGCAGCACGUCAGAUGAUCACUCGGGUCCAAACAAUACACGAGAAGAAUCUGAUAUACCGCGAUAUUAAGCCCGACAACUUCCUCAUUGGCCGUCCCGGCACCAAGGCAGCCAAUGUGAUUCAUGUCGUUGAUUUCGGUAUGGCCAAGCAAUACCGCGAUCCGAAGACUAAGCAGCACAUACCGUAUCGGGAACGGAAGAGCCUGAGCGGCACGGCUCGUUACAUGAGCAUCAACACUCAUUUAGGCCGAGAACAGUCUCGGAGAGAUGAUCUGGAGUCGCUUGGUCAUGUUUUCAUGUACUUUCUGCGAGGAAGCCUCCCAUGGCAAGGUCUCAAGGCCGCGACAAACAAGCAGAAAUAUGAGAAAAUCGGCGAGAAGAAGCAGACAACACCUAUCAAAGAAUUGUGUGAAGGGUUCCCAGAGGAGUUUGGCAUCUAUCUCAACUACGUUCGAAAACUCGGUUUCGAGGAAACGCCCGAUUAUGAUUUCCUGCGCGAGCUUUUCGCGAAGGUCAUGAAAAACAAUAACGACGUCGACGAUGGUGUAUAUGAUUGGAAUCUGCUCAACGGAGGCAAGGGCUGGGAAGCAUCUCUUAACCAGAUUCUUUCCCAAAUCCAGAACACGGGACCAGUUCCGCAGGAUCGUCGCAAGGAGGCGGAGCGCCAAGCACGCGAUGAUCCAAGACGAGCAUCCCAAGUUGGUGGCGCUGGCAUUGCGCCCCCAUCGCCUGCUCUUGUACGACAAGGAUCCAAGCAGAUGCCUGGAAUCCAAUCACCUGGAGGUGGUAACACUCCUAUGUCCUCAGCCGCGGCACAGAUGGAUGUCCCGAUUGGUGCAAUGCAGCUGCGGAUGAGCCAACAAGCCAGUGCACAACAUCCUUAUGCAAAAGCUGGCCGUGAAUCUUAUGCUCGUGAUCAAACUCUGGAGGAAUAUUCUGCGACGCAGCAGCCAUACGGACGGGCGUCUCCGAUGGUCGCAUCGGCAGCCGCGCCUGCAAUCAGUGACGUCCGUGCACAGGGAGGCGAGAUUGGCGCAUCAAAUGGUGGUGGUUACCAAACUCAAACGGAGGCCGAGCCGCCGAAGAGCACGCUUUGGAAGAUCCUGACAUGUCGAUGUGGUUGACCCUCAGACUCAGUCUCUCCUGUCCGUUCGUUUUGCAUUAUAUGAUUCCUCACUCUCGUUACGCGCUGUUCUCGUCCAACUUAUACCUCCUUGCAUUCAUCAUUGCUAUCACAUGUUCGGAUCGCUUCUCCUUUGCUUCACUUACAGAUACUACGCUCCAUAAUGUUUUCCUUAAUCA